AUGGGAGAGUCACCCGCAGGGCGCCAUGUUGCAACAGGUAGCUACUCGAAGCAGAGAUGGAAGCAAGUGCAGCACAUGGCUGAGCAGUUCUGGGCACGUUGGAAACGCGAAUACCUGUCGGGGUUACAACAGCGACAGAAGUGGUUCAAGGAACGACGAAACGUCAGGGUGGGAGACAUAGUCCUUAUGGUCAAUGAAAGUGUAGCACGCUGCCAUUGGCCACUGGCUCGAGUAGUACAGACUAAAGCAGGGAAAGAUGGACUGAGCCGUUCUUCGUCUCAAGCCUCCUCCUCCUCCUCCUCCUCCUCCUCCUCCUCCUCCUCCUCCUCCUCCUCUCCUCCUCCUCCUCCUCCUCCUCCUCCUCCUCCUCCUCUUGAGAACAAGGGUCACUCGAACAUUUUGGAUUGA